AUGAAGAUUCUUUUCCUAACCAUAGCAUUAAGCCUGUUUGCCAUCCUCCAAGCCGAGGAGUCGACAUCUUCUGAAGAAAAACUUGAGGGAAUGUUCUGGAUACUCAAACUUGUGUCAAACAAUGACUUACCUAAGAAUGAAUAUAAAAGAAGCAUCUCACCUGUUGUGUUCUCCAAACAUACAGAUGGUAAUAUAGAUGUCACAUUUACCACCAAAAAGGAUGGAAAAUGCAAAGAGGAGAAAAUAGAAUUGAAGAAAACAGAUGAUCCCAACAAAUUCACUGCAGAUCUCACAGAUCAGGGCAAAGUCCAUGUGCAUAUAAACAAGAUGUCUGAGGAAAAUUAUUGGAUGAUCAUUUGUGAGGGCAAGUUUCAUGGCAAGCCAACCAGAGUGGCCAAACUUAUGGGUCCAAACACAGACAUCAAGCCUGAAGUUAUGACUGAGUUUCAGACAUUAAUUGAAAAGGAAAGACUUGGGCAUGGAAGAAUGAGCCCUGCACACCAGAACAUGCUUAAGGAGAAGACAAUUACUUUCAAACUCAGAAUCAAUGACUGGGAUGUCAUCUCUUCAUAUGAUCAACAAGACCUUAUAUAUGAUUCCGCUUCUCAACCUUUUCUGUACUUUCUAAUAUUUUCUUCCAGUGCUACAUAA